UCUGAAAUCUUCCCCCUUUCUCUCCCUUCUGAAACUUCAGACGGCCAUGGCUGCUCAGGAGGCAGCUUUCUAUCUCUUCUCUUCUCUAGCUCCUCGUUUCUCCAUAUCCUCACUACACGCUAAACCUUCUUCUUUCCCUUCUCUUUCACAAACCCUAAGUUUUCCAUCCGUUUCUUUCUCCAUUCUCCCCUUUCGCCCACUACGAAGAACACCCUUGUUCGAAUUCCAGCUCUGCUCCGCUGUACAAGAGAUUUCAGUUCAAGACGAAGAGGAAGAGCAGUCUCAGAAUUCAAAUCAAAGGAAAAAGCUUUUCGUGUUGAACUUGCCCUGGUCUUUUACAGUAGAGGAGAUUAAGAACAUCUUCGGCGAAUGCGGAACAGUUGCAGAUGUUGAGAUAAUCAAGCAAAAGGAUGGGAAAAGCAGAGGUUUUGCGUUCAUCACAAUGGAUUCUGGUGAAGAAGCUCAGGCUGUAAUCAGCAAGUUUGAUUCUCAGGAAUUAUCAGGUAGGAUCAUUAGAGUUGAUUUUGCAAAGAGACUUAAGAAACCUUCAAAGAAUCCUCCAGUUCGAACACAAACAGGAGAGGCUCGUUAUAAACUAUAUGUCUCCAAUCUUGCAUGGAAAGUAAGAUCGACUCAUCUGAAAGAACUUUUCUCAUCAGAUUUUAAUCCAAUUUCUACUAGGGUUGUCUUUGAUAACCCUUCGGGAAAGUCUGCUGGAUACGGGUUUGUUUCAUUCGCGACAAAGGAGGAAGCAGAGUCUGCAAUUUCUUCUUUAGAUGGGAAGGAAUUGCUGGGUCGGCCUAUUCGCUUAAAAAUCAGCGAGAGAAAUGCUGAAAACUCGGAGAUUGAAAAUGGGGAAGUAAAAAUCAGUGAGAGGAAUGCUGAAAACUCGGAGAUCGAAAAUGUGGAAGUGCCCGCAAUUGAAGAAUCUGAACAAUCGCAGGCUUUGCACACAUAAGUGAAGUUGUAAAAAAAGGCAAGCAUUUUUCUAUUUACACACCUUUUUGCUGUUGUGUUAUUUACAGCAUUUGUUGUUUCAUUAUAGUCUAAACAAAUUUAGUGUGACAUAUAUAUUGCCAAGUUAUAAUAGUAAUUUCAGUAACAAUUUGCUAA